GUGAAAUACAUGACCGUUACGUUGCUAUCCGAGUGUUUUAAUUCUAAUUAAAUCCCAAACACAAUAAUUGGCGACGAGAAGUACCUAACGCGUUAUAAUAAGUGAUAAACUAGUGGAAUAAUAGUUAAAAACGAUGGCGGCGAGCGCUAACGUGAUUUAUGGCGGCAAUCUCACGUUCGACCACAACGCGCAAGAAUGGAGGAUUUUUAAGGAGCGGUUUGAAGCGAUGUGUUUUGCAAAUGAUUUGACGGACACCACCGACAAAGCGGGCACAAAGCGGCGUUCCAUACUCCUUACGACGUUUGUGGAAGAAACUUACCGCGUUGCCAAAGAUUUGGUGUAUCCAAAAACGUUGAACACCAUUGAAUAUUCUACCCUCCUUGAAAAGCUGGAUGCUCAUUUUGAGUCACCUAGGUGUUCGUUUGCUGAACGAUAUAAAUUUUAUAAAGCGGAGCAACGGACCGGCGAAGAUCUGGGGGAGUGGGCAGCGCGAGUGCGAAGUUUGGCACAGUUCUGCGGGUUUACGACGGAGCUAGACACAGCGCUGCGGGAUCGUUUCGUUCUCGGGCUCGAGAACGCUAAAGAACGAGAGAAGUUGUUUGCGGAGAGCGUGGACAAGCUGACUUUUAGCAAGGCGUUACAUCUGGCGCAGGCUACUCGCAGCGCCCGGCAGGGCCUGCAAGCGACCGGCUCGGCCAGGCAGGCGGCGGGAGCCAGCGGCGGCGAGGUGUUCGCGGUGCGCGCGGCCGCCGCGCCCUCCCAACCAAACAACUCGAAUAAUACAAGACGAGCCUGUGCAGUAUGCGGAUACAAAAACCAUACCAAGGACAAGUGCCGUUAUAUUAAUUACUCGUGUAAAAAGUGCAACACUAAAGGACACCUAAGUAGGAUGUGUAAAAUGAGUGAUAAAAAGUUUAACUUCAUUGCCGAGGAAACCGAUGACAUACAUGAAGAUCUCACAAUGUAAACAAUACGGCGGGCAGAGAAAAAGUAAUUUUAAACGGGGUGAUAAUGUUUUAGUAAAAUCAUUUUUUAAGAAUGGUACUAAGUAUACAUGGAAAAGAGGUACUAUUGAGAAUAAAGUGGGAUCCAGAAUGUAUAUCGUAAAUAUAACGGACUUGAAAAUAAAAGUAAAGAAACACGUCGACCAAUUGUUACAUUACAAAGGCUGUGACGACACCAACGAGUCCGAUUCCGAAGGCGACGUUCCGACAUUACAAAACGACGACGACGCCCAGGACGACAACGUCGAAGACGCGCAAACCGACGCACCUCUGCCUGAAGAGCAAGAAGCUGUCGAGCUGGCGGAGGGCGGAGUGGCGAAUCCCCACGACACGUCUCCGGACACGUCUUUCGAGAGUGUCGUUUCAUCUGUCA